AUGGGAAGCGUUACAUACAGAGCAAUUAGUAGACCGGUUCUUGUCUCUUAUGCCGUCAUAGAAUUUUUUUAUUUUGCCACUGGAGUUGUUAUGAUUAUACUUGGUGCUUUAUGGUUCAUGACAUUUGGUGAAAAUUUACGUAGUAUUGUGAUAACAAGAAACUUGCUCAUAGGUGCCAUUUCUGUUGGCUCACUAAUUCUGGUUUCAUCUCUUGUUGCUAUUGUUGGCUUAAUUAGUCCUUUGAAAUACAAGAAUUGGUUGAUAGUUCAUGUUUUCUUGAUUGUUUUAUCAUCACUGGCUCUUUUGGCUUUGGGUGGUGACAUUUGGUUUAGGACCUUAAAUGAAAGACAACAUUUCGCUAAUGAGUGGCUCAUGUGGGACGAUGGCAUGAAAGCAAAUUUCGAGGAUCAGCUUCAAUGCUGUGGAUAUCAAAAUUCAACAGACAACCCCGCUCCUUCGACAUUAUGCACUCAAGACGUGGACCAACAAGUACAGGGCUGCAUAGAUCCAAUAACCUCAAAAGCUGCCGUACUUUCUCGUCAGUUAUUCACCACAUUAUUUGGCUUCAUAACGGUGGAUAUAUUUGCAUUCUUUGCUACAGUCAUAUUGAUACAAGCAAGAAAUGUAGAAGAACGAUACAUAAAAAUUGAUGAAAAACAUAGUCAUAUCAAAGAUGAAGCAUUAAAGAGACAAUAUGUUUAA